UGUUCGGGUUAAGGGAAUGUUUAUUUAUUUAUUUAUUUUAUUUUUUGACAGGAGAGAGAGAACAGCCAGUCAUCUGGAAGAGUCCAGAGCAGAGGGAGAAAGUAGACUAAACAGAGGGCCAGCAGACUGGCCAGGGACAGGACUAUCUGUUGGCAUUCCUUCUAUGCUCCGCCCAACAGUUACCUAGCAACAGCCAGUUGGAAUGGCCAGAGCGUCUUCCGCGCUACACGACCAGGACCCACGGUGACCGAAGCACUACGGUGGAGGAGGCUGUGAGAAAGCCAGCCCCAACGACCAAUCGUGGGCGGAGUGGGCGGCGCCUCGCGGCAUGAAGGAGGAGCUGUUUCUCUGGCAACAAGCCCGCCGCAAGGAGGGGGAGGGGAGGCUGUGGGAAGGGGUAGUGGGCGCGGGUGUCACUGUUGUAGGUCGGCGGGGUGGCAGGCUGUAGUCAGAGCCUGGAUGUGCGGUCAAAUGAGCGUCUGCCCGCGAUCCCGGUGCCAGUCCGAGUGACCCCUGAGGCUGAGGAGAGGAGCUGGCUGCCUCCCCAACUGGCGCCGGGAAGCGUCGCUCCUUCUCGCUGACCUUGGUCUCGCUUGUCGCUUCGCCCUUGGCCACAGUCAGUGACCAGCACAUGGUCGGAGAAAUCUGCAGACAGCUCCCUGGUUAGGCCGAGACUCGCGAUACAGGCACACAAACUGCUGUCGCCUUUCCCGCCGGCUCUGGAGCUUCGGGUCGCCCCCAACCCCCAAGGCCCGGGAGAUCCAGUCCAGGGUUAAUGCCAACGAGUUUCCACCUCCAGCCGCUCCUAGAGAGGCCGCGGCGCGAGCCAGCGGGGGGAACUGGCCAGGGACGGACACUUCCUGUGCGGGGGGAGGGGGCGGGGGAGCAGUAGCCCAGCCGGGGCUGGGGCCCGAGACUAAAGGUCUCAGGCUCGGAGUUGUGACUGGGGACGGCCGGAGGAGUCGACUAGCCCUUCACCUCCGAGGCCACAACGCGCGGGGACGGGCGAGGGCCACAGGACAAUCAGAGACCUUGGGAGGGGGCGGGGCAGCGGACAGGGGCGGGGCCGGAGAGGCCCAGGGUCAAGACGUCCGGCCUUUGCGGCCGAAGCCAGGCGGCCCGGUCUCCUCGGCGGCUCUGAACGGGCGGGUGGCGAGGGCUCGGGGCUCCGGGCACUCGAACUGGGUCGCAGGAUCUAUCGUCUGCCAUCGCCACCGCCGCCGCACUGGGAGCUGGCAGGGAUGGAGCGGGAGGCGUCGUCGUGGGGCCUCGAGCCCGGGGAUGUGCACAGUCCCGACGCAAUGGGCAGUCCCGAAGGGUCUCUCAAAGGCAACACAAGUGAGAAUGAAGAAGGGGAAAUUUCUCAAGAAGGCAAUGGGGACUAUGAAGUUGAAGAAAUACCUUUUGGGCUUGAACCCCAAAGCCCAGGAUUUGAGCCACAAAGCCCAGAAUUUGAAUCCCAGAGCCCCAGGUUUGAGCCUGAAAGCCCAGGGUUUGAAUCCCGAAGCCCUGGGUUUGUGCCCCCAAGCCCUGAGUUUGCACCCAGAAGUCCUGAAUCAGAUCCUCAGAGCCCGGAGUUUGAAUCCCAGAGUUCUAGGUAUGAGCCCCAAAGCCCUGGCUAUGAUCCCAAGAGCCCUGGCUACGAACCUGGGAGUCCUAGGUAUGAACCCAAAAGCCCUGGGUAUGGUUCAAAGAGCCCUGAAUUUGAAUCUCAAAGCCCAGGGUGUGAAUCCCAGAGUCCCGGGUAUGAACCGCAGAACUCUGGAGAUGAAGUUCGGAAUUCUGAGUUCAAAACCCAUAGCCCUGAAUUUGAAACUCAAAGUUCCAAAUUCCAGGAAGGUGCAGAGAUGCUUCUGAACCCCGAGGAAAAGAAUCCAUUGAACAUCCCCCUAGGAGUUCAUCCCCUGGACUCCUUUACUCAAGGGUUUGGGGAGCAACCCACAGGAGCACUGCCUCUAGGAGCACCAUUUGAUAUGCCUUCGGGGGCUCUGCUGGCUACACCCCAGUUUGAGAUGCUCCAGAAUCCCCUGAAUCUGACAGGUACCCUUCGUGGUCCCGGUCGUAGGGGUGGCCGGGCCAGGGGUGGGCAAGGCCCUCGACCUAACAUCUGUGGCAUCUGCGGGAAGAGCUUUGGGCGAGGCUCGACCCUGAUCCAGCACCAGCGCAUCCACACCGGUGAGAAGCCUUACAAAUGUGAGGUGUGCAGCAAGGCCUUUUCCCAGAGUUCUGACCUCAUCAAACACCAGCGCACCCAUACAGGCGAGCGGCCCUACAAGUGUCCCAGGUGCGGCAAGGCCUUUGCUGAUAGUUCUUACCUACUUCGCCACCAGCGCACCCACUCUGGCCAGAAGCCCUACAAGUGUCCACACUGUGGGAAGGCUUUUGGUGACAGCUCCUACCUCCUGCGGCACCAGCGCACCCACAGCCACGAGCGGCCCUACAGCUGCCCUGAGUGUGGCAAGUGCUAUAGCCAGAACUCAUCCCUGCGCAGCCACCAAAGGGUGCACACAGGGCAACGGCCUUUCAGCUGUGGCAUCUGUGGCAAAAGCUUCUCCCAACGGUCAGCACUUAUCCCCCACGCCCGCAGCCACGCCCGUGAAAAGCCCUUUAAGUGCCCUGAGUGCGGCAAGCGCUUUGGCCAGAGUUCUGUUCUAGCCAUCCAUGCUCGCACCCAUCUGCCAGGCCGCACAUACAGCUGUCCCGACUGUGGCAAAACCUUCAACCGCUCCUCUACACUCAUUCAGCACCAGCGCUCCCACACAGGCGAGAGGCCAUACCGCUGCGCUGUGUGUGGCAAGGGCUUCUGUCGUUCCUCCACGCUGCUGCAGCACCAUCGCGUGCAUAGUGGGGAGCGACCUUAUAAGUGUGAUGACUGUGGAAAGGCCUUCUCGCAAAGCUCCGACCUCAUCCGCCACCAGCGGACCCACGCGGCGGGCCGCCGCUAACCAGUCAAUGGUGGGGAGGUGAUAUGCAGGAGAUGGGAUCAGGGAACUUGAAGAACCUGUUUAAGAGGAUAGAGGAAAAGCUGGAGGAGAAUAGAAAGAUGAAAUAUUCUAGAAGAUGGGUCAGGGUUCAGGAAGUCACAUGCCCUCGAGAAGUAUGAGAAUUGGGCUAUGAAGGGGUUGGAGGGAGGCCAGACAGGCAGCAGGAAGCACCAGGAGAGAGCAGUGCUGCUUGCCUCAGCAGCAGUGAGCUCUUUAUCUGGGAGGCCCUGUUCUGGCUAAGUACUAGAUGGGGAGGGGGGGCGGGCAAGGGAGUGUCAGUUAGAAUAGGGUAGCUUAGAUCUGUAGCUGCUGAGACCCAUGUGAAACCAGGAAGAGGGCAAAGGGUAGGUAGGUGGGGAGUGAGGCCCAAGGGUAGGGUCUGGACCUCAGAGCAAACCCCAUCCUGCCUUGUCUUCCUCAGGCUUUGGAGCCGUUUGAGUUCAAUAAAACUUUUAUGUGGUAA